AUUAAAUAUAUGACGUUUAUUUUAUUUUUUGGAAAAGUAUGUAUUAAUACUGCAUAAUAAAAGUAAAUAAAUUUAGUUUUCGAAGAAUUUGUAAAAAUCGAAGAUUGAAAUAUGCCACAAGAAGUAGUUGAGCCUAUGUCGCAAAGGCUCACCAAUGAAGAUUUUAGGAAAUUACUUCAAACUCCUAGAGCCACACCAUUAUCUGGAGGAAAUGCAGCAUCAGGAUCAAUACGUGAAGCAAUGGCUGCUGCCAAGAAAACUUCAACUAAUUCUAUGGGUCCACCAUCGUCUAACUCAGAAGCAAGGAGAAAAAAGAAGAACUUUUAUGCUAAUUUGAAAAAACAAGAAGAUAAUAAAUUACAAGAGUUACAAGAAAAAUACAGAGAUCGGGCCCGUGAACGACGUGAUGGUGCCAAUCCAGAUUAUCAAAAUGUUGAAACACCAAGCCAUACUAAUAGUGCGUAUCGUGCUGUUGCUCCCGACAUUAAAUCAGGUAUAGACGCAGCAGAAAGACGUCGCCGGAUGAUACAAGAAUCCAAAUAUUUGGGAGGUGAUAUGGAACAUACCCAUUUGGUAAAAGGUUUAGAUUAUGCUUUGCUGCAAAAAGUGCGAAGUGAAAUUCAAAAUAAAGAAAUUGAACAAGAAAAGGAAAUGGAGAAAAUUGUUGAAGAGGCAGAAGCAGCAAAAGAAAUAGAGGAAGUGCACGUUGCACCAUUACCUGAUGAACCGAUUUUUAAAUCUGUAAUGGCGAAAAAUAUCAAUAAUGUUGUACAAAUAUUAAAAUCGAGACAAAUAGUGCGAAAUGAAUUAUUUGCUCCUAGUCGCAUGGCUUACGUUAUAGAUUUGGAGGAUGAAAAUAAUGAAACUGAUAUUCCAACUACGUUGAUAAGAUCUAAAGCGGAAGUACCAGUUUCAAAUGAUGAUAUUCAAACUUUAACAACAAAUGACAUAGUGAUUAACAAAUUAGCUCAAAUUUUAUCUUAUUUAAGAGCCGGUGGUCGUGGUAAAAAGAAUAAAAAACGUGAUAAAGAUAAACCACUUUUUAACGAUGAAGAUGGUAUGAUUGGUACAAGUGGAAUAUCGAACAAGCCAAAAGCUCCCAUUGCGGAUUCUAUAUAUGAAGAUAUUGGUGAGUACAAGCCGGAAAGAAGAAAGGCAGAUAAUACAUCUUCAAAAUAUAGUAGAGAAAAGGAAAAAGGUGAAAGGGAUAGAGAAAGAGAUAGAGAAAGAGAUAGGGACAGAGAUCGUGAGAGAGAUCGUGAUAGACGCGAUCGUGACAGGAGUGGAAGAGAUAGGUAUCGGGAUAGGGACUUUGAUCGCCAUAAUGAAAAAGAGCGGGAGGAACGUGAUCCUAAAAAGCCAAGAAGUUAUUUUGGAAGCAAACCAGAUGAAGAGGAUCAAUUUGAAAAUAAUAUUGUUCCUCCACUUCCUCCUAAAAUCAGUGCAUCAAGCAUAUUGUCUAAAUUUUCAAAUGAGCCUGAAGGUUAUGCGGAGUGUUAUCCUGGUCUUGAAGAAAUGAACGAUGCAAUAGAUGAUUCAGAUGAUGAGGUAGAUUAUACGAAAAUGGAUUUGGGAAACAAAAAGGGACCAAUUGGAAGAUGGGACUUUGAUACUCAAGAAGAAUAUUCAGAUUAUAUGAGUAGCAAAGAAGCUUUGCCAAAAGCAGCAUUUCAAUAUGGUGUUAAAAUGCAAGAUGGUCGCAAAACUCGUAAACAUAAGACCGAAAAAAGUGAAAAAGCGGAACUUGAUCGUGAAUGGCAAAAAAUUCAAAAUAUUAUUCAAAAAAGGAAAACUAAGAAUACUGAUGAUGAGCCGAAUUAUAAAAUGGGCAAAUAUUAAUCAACGGGAUUACUGUUUUGCUCGAAUUUAAUCGAAACUUAGUUGUAGUUAGGUAAGCCUAUUUGCGUUAUAAAUCUUUCUGAAAUGUACAUGAUGUUUGAGUUACAUUUUAUCUUCAUGCAAUGUUCUUAAAUAAAGUUCUUUAAUAGA